CCCAACCGGCGUUCUCUUGGCAAUCCAUCUCAUCUCAUCUCAUCUCAUGGGCUUCCCAGCAUGAUUCCCCAUCGUGCAGCAUUAGCGGCGGCCUUCGCGCUGUCACAAUCACAUGAUGUGAUGUAUCAUCCAUGCGCGCACAUGGUCGACACAUCCACAUCUCUAGACUCUCCCUCGACGACCCUGUCCGAGGUCCAGUGGCUUGUUAUGAAUCAGUGUGUCCGCACGUGAAUCAAAUCUACUAGGGAUAUCUCUCAGGUAUAGACAGAACAUCUGAAGAGAGCGGUAGACAGAUUGCACGGUCCGAUAUAUCCCCUCCGCGUUGGAAAGGAAAUAUAUGUGCCGAGUAUACACCUCUGUCAGGCUUAAGAGACGGUCUACGCCAUGCCAUGCCACUGUCUCAGGGCACGCGCUCUCAUCCACGUGGAAGCCUGCCUCCCAUAGGAUGAUAAACAUAUGCGACUUUUUGCACUACCAUUUCCACGAUAGAAACAUCUCUCUACGCCUACACGCACGAAGACUUCUCAUCAUCUACGGCUCGCCACACCGGGCAAAUUAUAAGACAGAAACGAUCCCGCCCGUCGCGGAAUUUUAUUUUAGAUCAAUCGAGAGGCUCCGGCCCACGAGCGAGCGUUCCACAUCGGGAUCAUCUCGGCGAGGGCUAGGUGGGGUCCUCCCGUCUGAGAGCAGGGCAGGGCAGGGAAGGGUGAGGGACAUGGUCACGAUUCAUCGAAACAGAGCAUUUAAAGCGGUCGGGAAGAGAUCCCGUAAAGAACAACCUUUGAUCCGCACUAUAGAAAAUCGUAGUUGUGAAGCAAGAAAAAAAAGCCAGAAAAAAAACCUCGAUCCUGGGGACACUUUCCUCCAGGCGAAGAGCAGUAAUAACAAGGACGACACACCUAUCGUCCACGAAGAACGAACCUCCACAUCUCUCAAACAUAACGUCCCGGGCGGUUUCAACAAAACGGUGAUGAUAACAGACGAGGGGCCCAAAUCUCAGGCGGCCCAAGACAACCAGAACCAACCCAAAACCGCGCCCAUCGUUCCAGAGAGAGAGGGAGGGAGCCGAGAAAGGCAAGUGAUCGCGUGACGGGGAGCGACCGCAUCCACCACAACCCUGUGGUUCAUCAAUCCCGACAUCUCUCCGGUCCAUCAGACCCGCGAAGAAAGAAAUAGAAAACCCCGGGUUACCACGAUGUAUGUUUGCGUUGUGCUUGACAUGUGAAGGGAGAGAUAGAUGGAUCGGCUGGAAAAAAAAGGGCAGAACCUAGUCGGGAGGGAGAAGCCAAAAAAAAUCCCAAUCCCAAUCCCAAUCCCAUCGAGAACCGAUACUAGACCUCAGGUAGGGACCGAUCA